UAGGGAGAAAAGAAGCGGGCUGCCAGGAAGGAUCGGUCUUUUUAUUAGCUUUUCCUUGUAAGUUUCCGCGCUCAGAGUCUAGGUUAUGAUUGUCCGGUACCAAGCUGCAAAGCGAGGGGGUAACGGAUCUGCACUCGCGGUGCAAAGGGUCCGGAGAGGAAGGAAAUUGGUACUGACACGUGGUUCGCUGGGCAAGUCAGGGCUUGCAGGUACAAUCUUCAGCCUCCCACUCCCCGCAGAUGGGGUUUCAUCUGAUCGCUUUACAGACGGUCCAGAUAUUUUGAUCCCUGCAAACGCAGACUUUGGAAUAAGCCGUGGAAUACUUUGCCUGCAUGCCAAAGAGUCACUGAUUCCAGUGAGUCGACCUCAUGAGGCAGACAUGGCGUUAUUAAUUCUUUUCCUGAUUUGCUUCAUGAAGUUAUGAGAGAAGUGACAUGAAGAGAGGCCCAGUGCUGUUUUUUGCUCUAUUUCUUGUCCGCAAGGUCCGAGGUGCUGCUCCAAACCCAAUGGAAUGCCAGGAGAGUGAGUAUCUGGACGAGCACAGGAAGUGCGUUCCUUGCAGGGAGUGUGGCCCAGGAUGGGAGCUUUCCAAGGAGUGUGGCUAUGGUGAAGGAAGGGAUGCGCAGUGCACUGCUUGCCCUCCCAGGAGGUUUAAGGACAGCUGGGGAUUCCAUGGUUGCAAAACUUGUCUUUCCUGCCCCCUCAUCAACCGUGUCCAGAAAUCCAACUGCACUGCCACUUCCAAUGCAGCCUGUGGGGAAUGUCUUCCAGGGUUUUACAGUAAAACCCGGAUUGGCGGGCUGCAGGAUCUGGAAUGCAUCCCCUGCACAAAGCAGACUCCUUCCUCUGAGCCUCAGUGCAGCUCCAGGACUACCCUGGUGAAGGUAGUGAUCCCCACAGUACCUCCCCAGGACACCGCCCUCCUAGUGCUAACCAGCAGUGCGCUAGUCAUCAUUGUGUUGGUGCUGCUGGCACUCGCCAUCAUCUGCUGCAAGCGCUUCUGGAAGAGCCAGUGUCAGCAAGUGUUUCUGAGGACCCAGAGUUUCUCGGCCCAGAGUGUGAUGUUCCGGGACUCAGCCAUGCCAAGCAGGUUUCCCUGUGAGGAACAGAUGUCUAGUCCCUGCUGCUUGGGUGUGAAGAACCUGAGCCCUUGCUCCGGGCAAGCAGAAGGUCCCGUUGAACCGGUUCAGUUCAUUUCGAAUGGUGAAGCCAUAGGCCUGCAGAUCCCUGCUCUCCAGCCCAAUUUGGAAGCGAUUGCUGUCAGCCCCAAUCCCAAAUCCCAGCUGGCGAGGAGCGUCUUGGAGACCCAACCCCUGAUAAGGAAUUCAGGGUCCAGCGACUGUUCUGCAGGGGGCCUGUCAUCCUCAGAUGCCAGGCAGGGCACAGCUGGGUUCACAGAGGCCCAAACUCCCCUCUCAUCAUGUGCCUCAGAGAUGCAUCCUAGGUGGCCCCAUGCCCCAGUGGAGUGCACGGAGCUAGACCUGCAGAAGUUUUCCACCCAGGCUGAGUUCAUGGGCACCAAAAGCCAGGAGGAUGCAGAGAAGCAGGCGGCUCAGAGGACCCGGAGACAUACAGAUGAGCUAACCCUUGAAGUUCCCCUGUUUGGUGCCUCUCUGAUAACACAAAGUGAACUUGUUCUGGAGCCUGUCAGGGGAUCAUCUUCAUCCUUCCAAAUUCCCACUGCUGAAGGCAGGGAGCAGCCUCAGGUGAAUGAUGUCCUGAGCCUUGUGUGUGAGAUUAGCAGCGUCACACAAGGUCUCCCCAUAAUACAGCUCCCCCACUCCUUGGUGCUGUUACUUGGCUUCCAGUUGGACCCUUGCUUGUCUGGUCUCAAGAAUUUCAGCCACGUGGGGGUGGAGCUGGGGGUCCCAUCCCAUCUGGUGAGCAGGAUGUCUGGAUUCAAGCAGCUCGUCGCUCACCUUGCCUCCUCAGGAGACACAGUCACUGUUCCUGCCCUGGCCCAGGUCCUACAGCGACUCCAGCGCUUCGAUGCCUUGCUCCUACUCUGCGAUCAUUUCAUUCUGAGCCGGGCCCAGGGCUGCCAACACUAGGAGAAACACACAUCACUGCCUCAGCACAUAGAGGGAGGGGUAACUCCAGGCAUAGUUUUGGCUGGGUGAACCUGGGUUGUGUGGAGAUGGCCUUUGAAUGUUGGGGGUAGAAUCACAGUAGAAUGAUGAGUCUGUGAAUGCUCACUGAGUAAACUUCUCUCAACCACUGCUUGAGCCCUACCUCGUGCUGGUGAUGGUGCAGAUGCAUGUGGUACCUCCAAACACCACCUUUCUUCAUAUGUGUUUAUAUUGAUGCCCAGAGACCUCGUGGCCCUCUUGGUCACCAUGCAUGGUUACAGGGCCAUUUGCCUCCAUGGGCAGGACAGGACCCUCAAAGCACACAGUGUUUCCUUGAAUCACAUAUCAGCUGUAAUGAUUGAACUCAUUGUGUGAGGGGCUGGGUGCGGGGUAUGAAAAUAUCCCCCAAUUCUAAGAGGGAGCUCAGAGGGUCUGGACCCUCUGUGUUGGAUUUAUCCCCCUCAGCUGAUUGUAUCUUCCUCUUAGAGGCCUGAUCAUCAUUUGUUCUUCCCCCCCACUUUUUAGAGGUGGUCUUCUCCAUUUGGCAGACGUAUUUUGCUGGUUUUCUGCUCAGCUUUCUGCUGUGGCUGCCUUUUUGUUUACUUCUCCUUUUGUGCGCCGACGAGGGGACCUGUUCUUGGAGAAGGGUUGUUUAGCGGCCACUCCUUUUUUUUUUUUUUUUUUUUUUUUGCUGGGAGGAGGGACUCAUGCGCUGAAUUUCUGUGUGCCAUACCAGAAUAGCAGUGUGUUUAAUUGUAUUUCCUGGAUGUGGAAUGGUACACUUUUCAUAAAGGGAUAUUUCGAAUUGAGAGUCAGGAUUUUUUUAAGCAUGGUGGAAUUUGCUCCAAUGCAGAUGGCAGGGUACUUGUUGCAUUCCCCAGUCUUCUUCUAAGCACCUCUGCUCCCUUGCCCAAAGGGGCUUGCUAACGGGCUCCUAUGUGUUGAUGUUUGGAGGAGAAGAAGAGGCGGGGAUGAGGCCUCUCCCCCGCCUCUUUCCUGAGCACGCUAUGUCCGCCCCCCCCCCCCCUCAGUUGGAUCAGGCUUGCAGGCAGGAGGGGGGCAAGGAGGAGCGAGCCGCAGCACACCACUCCGAGGAGGAGGAGAAGACAAGCCAGGGUGAGGCCUAAGGGAAGGGGCUGGAAUUGGGGCAUACCCCCUCCAGUCCCCUGCAUGAUCACCCCCUGACCCCAGCCCAGCCCCCUGCCCACCCUAAUCCCUACAACCCCCUGCCCAUCCUAACCCCUGCACCCCCCCAGCCCCCUGAGCCCCUGCCCUGACCCUGCACUCCCUUCACAGCUCCUCAGCACCCCCCACACACGGAUUGUCUGUGGUGCCUGGGAGCACAGGGGGGCAGUGACAGCGGGACUUGUCAGUGCUGGCUGCCACGCCCCCUGCCAGUGGGAAUGCCCAGAAACUACCUCCCUGCACUCCAGGGAGGGGCGCUGCCCAGUUUUGGGGGAAAGGGGCAGUCGUGGGGCAAGUCCAGGUGCGAUGGGGGAGCUGGCGGUGACUCCGUGUGG